GGACGAACACCCCUAGUAGGAGAGUUCAGCGCUUGAAGACGGCGCCUCCGGGAGGAAGGUAACCGUCUCCGGCUUUAGCCAUGGCAGAGGAGACUGCAUACUACGAUCCCAUCGGAUCCAUCUUAAUCCAGGUCCAUGAAGACCUUUAUCAGUUGAAGGAGAAAUUAACAAAAUUCCCACUUGCAGAAAAAGGAGACACACUAGAUAUUCAGGAUCUUGAAACAGCAAUCAAAAGGACUGAAAUGGGGUUAAGAAUUCAUAUCGAAAAGUAUUUAAGUGUUGUAAACCAUCAUGUGUUAACGACUCCUGUUUAUGACAAGAACUUAUUUUCUCCUCGGGCUUCAAAAUGGUUGCUUCCAACUGUAAUUGAUCAGAAAUCAUUUAUUUUCCCUCUGGAAUCUGGAGAUAAACUUUGGCAACCCCAAAGGCAGAGCAGUUCAUUUCCACAUUCUAUUCCAAGAAUAAAGCAAAAGAUAGGAUUGAAUGUAAAAAUCAUGCAGGAUCCUGAAAACACCCACCACAGAGCUGCUGUAAAUGCGAACUAUGGAAUCAGUUUGCCAUAUAUUAAUCAGAGAAAAACAUGUGUGAAGGUUCAGAAGGUAAUAAAAGGGUCCACAAUUUCCAACCUUACUGUUCUGCCACCUUCUCACCGCACGGAUCCCUAUUUCACCCCUGUACCAGUCUUACAAUCAGAUGCCAGUAAAGGGAUUUUAAGUAUGAUGGAACGAGGGUUGAUUCCACCAACAGCUAGGAUUACCUUUAAGAAUCCACCCAUUAUACCCAGAGCAGCUCCUCUGCAUAGUUUUGAUGAAGCACAUAAAAUUCCAGCCACAGCACCUUUUGUUACAUCUCAGAAACCACCAUCGAUUGCAGCAAAAGUAAAGAAGGACCCUGUCAAGAAACAAAGACCAAAGGGGAAAGGCAAAAGGUCAAGAGGACAUCCUGAUAGGAAGGCUGUGAAAGUUGCACCACCUUCUAGAGUUCUGAAAGCACCAUGGAAUUAUGACUUUUUUAUUUAUAAUGGUAUCAUAGACAAGACAGCCCCAGACUUCUUGGCAUUCAAGGAACAUUUUACCUUAGCUUGGGGAAGUAUUUUUUCCCUCUUGGAACACGUCGAGAAGUUUCUCAAGGACUAUGCAAUACCAGAAGUCAAAAUAAAAGGAAAUAAUUUGGUGGCCCUUCUUCCAGACUUUGAGUUGAAGAAUAAACUUACCAGAUAUGACUUUCUCUCAGUGUUAGAGAACCCAGUUCCCAUCCAAAUGAUGUUAAAUCUUCCAGGUCAGAGGUACAAGGGCCAAGAUGGAAGAUUAGGGGCCGUCAUCAAGAUCCAAGCCACAUGGAAAUGCUACAGGGCAAGAAAAUUCUUCCUCAGUUAUCUCCAGCAGAAAUGGGCUUCGGGUGUGAUCGCCAUUGCUUGGCUUUUACAUUGCCAUAAGACUCGAGUGAAGAAAAUCCUGAAGGAAUCACGUCAAAGACACCUGGAGAACUACCGCAUUCGAGCCAAGGUGCACAAGCAUCUGGCAGCCAACUGGAAUCGCAUCAGGACCUCCAGGAGGACUAUUAUCCAUAUCCCAUCAUUAGGAUAUUCCCAGCCUGUGCGAAAACAUAUUGCUGAUUUGAACACACAGCAGAACAUGCAGCUGGGGAGGCUGUGUGACAUCUUAGAUGCCAAUGUGAAUGUCAUCUACAUCUGCUCCCAUCAGAUGAAUGAUGAGUUACUGCUAUAUUACCAUAAAAUCCUGAGUCUACAGGCAGCUGUCAAAUCAGGGAACCUUGAGGACAUAAGUGACCUGCAGGACAGGUUCAAAAUUAUCACCCCCGAAGCUAUAAACAUCUUCACUAUGAUAGAACAGCUGAGUCAGCUAGUCACUGAUAACCUGGAAAUCCAGCGCUGGCUCUUUAAAAUAGACAAUGAGUUUGGAGGAAACGGGACAGCAUUUUGUGACAUUCCCUCCUACCUUGUGUACUUCAACUGGAUAUUAAAGGAGAGAAGCAGAUAUGGCCAAGAAGAAUGGAGCAAGAAAUGGGCACAAGAGCCAGCUUUGGUGAAGAUCUCCCAGGAGCUAGCGGGCAUUUUAGCACAGCACGCACAGCCAGUCAAUGAGAAACGGUUCCCAACGUGGGGGAAAUUCCUCCAAACAUUUCUCAGUCAAGGGGGCGUGAUCGAAGCAUUCCCACCUGCAGAAAGUAUCACCAACCUGACGGUGGACAUGCUCAUAGAGCCCAACGGAGAAAUCAGGGUGCUGUCAACCGGAGACCAGUUUCAUGCGGACGGCCCCUUGAUCUCCUCUGGUACCACCAUGCCUCAGACCUCUGUGGAUCCCCAAGUGCUCAAGUCCUUGUGCCUCCAAAUUGGAAAUGCCUGUAAAAUGAGAGAUGUGAUUGGUUACAUCUCUAUAGACCUAGUGACUUUUAUUGACCCAACCACCAUGGAACAGCUGGUGUGGGCAACAGAUCUCAACCUCUGCUAUAGUGACCAGCUGGCCCUGACUCAGCUCACCUUAUACCUGACGAACGGCCAUCUGGACUGCAGUAUGGGCACCUUUGAAGUGCCCCGCUUUGUUCCAAAGAAAGACCAGAGAAUGAGCCGUCUUGAAACCCUGUCAUUGCCGUCACCGAAAACCAGUCGCUAUGCAGUGAUGACCACCCAGCUGAGGCACAGCAACCUUUCACUGAUUUUCCACUAUGUUUUACUCCAGAUGUGUAAGGCCCAUGGCAUUGGCUAUGAUAUUCAGGACAGACAAGGAACAGUUUUUCUAUUAUAUGAACACUUGAAAAGAGACAAGUUGGGAAUGCUAACAAUCGGCGAGGAUCUCCAGGGGGUCCUCAUGACCUUUGCUCGCAAUCUCUUCAUCAUCCAUCAAGAAAUAUCAGCACCUAAUAUGCAAGGCGAGACCAAUUUUAAGACCACCAUUGUUGAUGUUGAAACUAUUCUGGGAGUAACAGAGGAAAACAAAAUGAAAUUUGAAGAAGAGUUACAGUCCAAAGAUGAUAAAAACCUCUCUAAGCCUUAUAAAUGAUCCGAGAAUACAUUAUUGAAAAAUUUUGGAUUCCAGUCUGGGGCCAAAAAUAAAAGGCAGCAAUCCUUUUGUUGUUUGUUAGAAAUAAAAGGGGGGAACAUUAGGAUUUUUUGUUUGUUUGUUAGGAGGUAAAUCAGAACUUGGUGAGAUUUUAAUGUAAUGCUCUUGUUUUUUUAAUUGUUUAAGUGAUCUUAUUUCACUUAUUAAUCCAAAACCUAUUUGUGUAUUCACCAGAGUGUUGAAUAAUCCCUUCCUCUCCUACCACCCAAGGGAAAAGAAAAAUCUGUUAAGAAAGUUACAAGUCUUACUGAUAUCACUUCUGCAUCUACAUCUACCUCUUUAUAAGCUUCAUGAUUAUGGAGCUUUUUUUAUAUAUAAAGUUUUCUCCUCCUGUUUCUGAUAGUAAUUUGUCUUAUGCAUUUAAAACACUGAAUAAAGGCUUAACCACUGCUAUUUAGCAAAACACGAAUGUCUUUUUUUCCAAGAAAAUUACUUUUACGUGAAUUUUUAAAGUGACCCUUUAUAAUGUAUUAUAGUUUUAUUGUAUCAAGUCAUUAUUUGUUGUUGCUGCCAUUUUUCAAAAACUAGGGUAAACCAACAUCUAGUUAACAAAACAUCAGAAUUUAUCUAGGUGGCAGCAUCUGCUCUUAGUUUAAGAUACUGUGCACUAUGAGCCCUCUAGCUUCAAUAGACAUUUGAAUUCUCUGAUUCUCUGUAUCAGAUAGCAGUAAGAUUUUCACAAGCUUAAUUCAACAAUACCUUUUAAAGGGCGAAUUGUUAAAAUUAUGCAGUGCUGACAAUAACUCUGAAGUGUUUGCUUUAGUAAUUGUCUGAAAAUAUUUCUACCUCAGCCAGCUUUACCAAAGGGUGAAAUACGCAAGUUGCAACUCCAAACUCAUGUAGUUGUUACAAAGAAUGACCUUUAUAUC